CUUCCGAUUUCUUCACUUUGGGCUCUUGUUUGAAGUCUUUCGUCAUUCUUUUGUCUUUCUCUUGUGUGUUUCACCAUUUUUCUCUUUAUCUCUGGAAGCGAAUGCGAGAUCUUGGCUGUGAUUAAGCGACGGCUGAAGAUCGGGUGUGCGCGAGAGGGAAUCGACGCUGAGUGGUGAAGGAUCCCACCGUGGGUGAUGGAGAACACCCCUGCAAGGGGUGGACUGAACCGGGUGCACCUACAAUGCAAGAAUCUACAGGAAUUCUUAGGGGGCCUGAGUCCUGGAGUAUUGGAUCGAUUGUAUGGGCACCCUGCCACUUGUCUGGCUGUGUUUAGGGAGCUCCCGUCUCUGGCUAAGAACUGGGUGAUGCGGAUGCUCUUUCUAGAGCAGCCUUUGCCGCAAGCUGCUGUAGCCCUGUGGGUGAAGAAGGAAUUCAGCAAGGCUCAGGAGGAAAGUACAGGGCUGCUGAGUGGCCUCCGUAUCUGGCACACCCAGCUGCUCCCUGGUGGCCUCCAGGGCCUCAUCCUGAACCCAAUCUUCCGCCAGAACCUCCGAAUUGCCCUUCUGGGUGGGGGGAAGGCCUGGUCUGAUGACACAAGUCAGCUGGGACCAGACAAGCACGCUCGGGACGUUCCCUCACUUGACAAGUACGCCGAGGAGCGAUGGGAGGUGGUCUUGCACUUCAUGGUGGGCUCCCCCAGUGCAGCUGUCAGCCAGGACCUGGCUCAACUCCUCAGCCAGGCUGGGCUCAUGAAAAGUAGUGAACCUGGAGAGCCACCCUGUAUUACUUCUGCUGGCUUCCAGUUCCUGUUGCUGGACACCCCUGCCCAGCUCUGGUACUUUAUGCUUCAGUAUCUGCAGACAGCCCAGAGCCGGGGCAUGGAUCUGGUGGAGAUUCUGUCUUUCCUCUUCCAGCUCAGCUUCUCUACUCUAGGCAAGGAUUACUCUGUGGAAGGUAUGAGUGAUUCUUUGUUGAACUUCCUGCAACAUCUGCGAGAGUUUGGGCUUGUUUUCCAGAGGAAGAGGAAAUCUCGGCGUUACUACCCCACACGCCUGGCCAUCAACCUUUCAUCUGGUGUCUCUGGGGCUGCUGGGGGUCCUGUGCAUCAGCCAGGCUUCAUUGUCGUGGAAACCAAUUACCGGUUGUAUGCCUACACAGAAUCAGAGCUGCAGAUCGCCCUCAUUGCCCUCUUCUCUGAGAUGCUCUAUCGCUUCCCCAACAUGGUGGUGGCACAGGUGACCCGGGAGAGUGUGCAGCAGGCCAUUGCCAGUGGCAUCACAGCCCAGCAGAUAAUCCAUUUCCUAAGGACAAGGGCCCACCCAGUGAUGCUCAAACAGACCCCGGUGCUGCCCCCCACCAUCACAGACCAGAUUAGGCUAUGGGAGUUGGAAAGGGACAGACUCCGAUUCACUGAAGGUAAGUGGCUUCUAGUGGCCCAGUCCAAGUUCCUGGCCAGAGGAAGAGCAGUUACUCGGGAAGUUCUGGGUGUGUUGAUUGCUGACAUGUAUCUCUGGUGCAGGAAAGGAGGAGAGAUCUGUGAGCAGUUACGUGCUCUGGGGGCCUCCCUGGACUGGGAUCGGGAGUGUUUUACCAUGGAUGCUGGUUCUUCAGAGGCUGUGACUGAAGCUUUCGUGCGACUCUACAAUGCAGGGUUGUUGUACAGGAACUGUCAGCUUGUCAACUGGUCAUGUGCUUUAAGAUCAGCCAUCUCAGAUAUUGAGGUGGAAAACCGGCCUCUACGUGGACGCACAGAACUCCGGCUGCCUGGCUAUCCCACCCCUGUGUCUUUUGGCCUCCUUGUUUCUGUUGCCUUUCCUGUGGAUGGAGAGCCUGAUGCAGAGGUAGUAGUGGGAACCACAAGACCAGAAACAUUGCCUGGAGAUGUGGCUGUAGCUGUUCACCCUGAUGACUCCCGUUACACACAUCUACAUGGGCGACAGCUCCGUCACCCCCUGACAGGGCAGCUUCUCCCCCUCAUCACAGACCCUGCUGUUCAGCCGCAGGUGGGCACAGGAGCAGUGAAAAUCACUCCAGCUCACAGUCCUGCUGACGCUGAGAUGGGGGCCCGGCAUGGCUUGAGCCCCCUGACCGUCAUUGCGGAGGAUGGGACCAUGACCUCACUCUGUGGGGACUGGCUGCAGGGUCUUCACCGGUUUGUGGCCCGGGAGAAGAUUAUGUGUGCACUGAGGGAGCGGGGCCAGUUCCGGGGCCUCCAGGACCACCCCAUGGUACUGCCCAUAUGCAGCCGUUCUGGGGAUGUGGUGGAAUACCUACUGAAGAGUCAGUGGUUUGUUCGCUGCCAGGAAAUGGGGGACCGAGCUGCCCAGGCUGUGGAGUCAGGGGCCUUGGAGCUCUGUCCAUCCUUCCACCAGAAGAGCUGGCAGCACUGGUUCGCUCACAUUGGGGACUGGUGUGUCUCCCGGCAGCUGUGGUGGGGCCAUCGGAUUCCAGCCUACCUUGUCACUGAGGGGCAUGGGAAGGAUGACAAGGACUGCUGGGUGGUGGGGCGGUCUGAGGCAGAGGCCAGACAGGCAGCAGCAGAACUGACUGGGAGACCAGGAACAGAGCUGACCCUGGAGAGGGACCCCGAUGUCCUGGACACUUGGUUCUCUUCUGCUCUCUUUCCCUUUUCUGCCCUGGGCUGGCCCCAAAAGACUCCAGACCUUGCGCAUUUCUACCCCCUGUCACUUUUGGAAACGGGCAGUGACCUUCUGCUGUUCUGGGUGGGCCGAAUGGUCAUGCUGGGGACCCAGCUCACGGGGCAGCUCCCCUUUAGCAAGGUGCUUCUUCAUUCCAUGGUUCGGGACAGGCAGGGCCGGAAGAUGAGCAAGUCCUUGGGGAAUGUGCUGGAUCCACGGGACAUCAUCAGUGGUGUGGAGCUGCAGGUGUUGCAGGCCAAGCUAAGAGAUGGGAACCUGGACCCCGCAGAGCUGGCCUUUGCAGCUGCAGCACAGAAAAAGGACUUUCCUCAUGGGAUACCUGAAUGUGGGACAGAUGCCCUGAGAUUCGCACUGUGCUCUCAUGGAGUCCUGGGGGGCGACCUGCACCUGUCUGUCUCUGAGGUCCUGAGCUGCCGCCAUUUCUGCAACAAGAUCUGGAAUGCCCUGCGUUUUAUUCUCAAUGCCCUAGGGGAGAAUUUUGUACCCCAGCCUUCAGAGGAGCUGUCUCCCACCUCCCCCAUGGACGCCUGGAUCCUGAGCCGCCUGGCCCUUGCUGCCCGCGAGUGUGAGCGUGGCUUCCUUACCCAGGAGCUCUCCCUGGUCACCCAUACCCUGCAUCACUUCUGGCUCCACAACCUCUGUGAUGUCUACCUGGAAGCUGUGAAGCCAGUGCUGUUGUGCAAGCCCCGUCCCCCUGAGCCACUUCAGGUCCUAUUCUCCUGCGCAGAUGUUGGUCUCCGCCUCCUGGCCCCACUGAUGCCCUUCCUGGCUGAAGAGCUCUGGCAGAGGCUGCCCCAAAGGCCAGGUGGCUUCUCUGCUCCCAGCAUCUGUGUUGCACCCUACCCUAGUGCCCACAGCUUGGAGCACUGGCGCCAUCCUGAGUUGGAGCAGCGCUUCUCCCAGGUCCAGGAAGCCGUGCAGAUGCUUCGAGCUCUUCGAGCCACCUACCAACUCACCAAAGCCCGGCCCCAAGUACUGCUGCAGACCUUGGAGCCAGGGGAGCAGGGCCUCUUCCAGGCCUUCCUGGAGCCCCUGGGCACCCUGAGCCACUGUGGAGCUGUGAGCUUCCUGCCCCCAGGUGCAGCAGCUCCCUCAGGCUGGGCCCAGGCCACCCUCAGUGACACUGUUGAGGUCUACAUGGAGUUGCAGGGCCUGGUAGACCCCCAGACUCAGCUACCUCGGCUAGCCACCCGAAGACUCAAGUUGCAGAAGCAGCUUGAUGGCCUCAUGGCUUGGACCCCAUCAGAAGGGGAGGCAGAGACACAGAAGCAGCAAAGGCUUUCCGCUCUCCAGCUGGAAUUGUCAAAACUGGACCAGGCGGCCUCUCACCUCCAGCAGCUGAUGGAUGAGGCUCCCAGCCCCAGAGAGCUUUGAACUCUAACUCAUAUCCCUGUUCAUUGGCCUCCCUUGCAGACCCAUUGAGGUCAGCACAUCUGUCAGGUGUCAGGUGUGGUGGGGUGUCAGAGAUUCCACGGUCCACCUUCAUUUUAUAAAUGAGGACGCCACCUACCUGGCCAGAGACAGUGCGGUUACUGUCUGGCUCUCCUGUACAGCCCAGCCGCCAGUUUAGGAACGAGGAGAUUCAGAUAAACUCAUAAAAUCUCA